UCACUGAUUAAGCAGAAGGCGCCUCACAUUUAUAUAUAAGAGAUAUUGUCACGUACCAUCACACGGCAGCUCACAGCACAGCGCUAAUGGCGGAAUCGGCCAUGGAACCCAGGGAGGUGAAGCUGUACGGCGCCUGGGGCAGCGCCCACGCCGCCAUGGCCCGGAACGCGCUGGCGCUCAAGGGCGUGCUGUACGAGUACGUGGAGGAGGACCUGGACAACAAGAGCGAGGCUCUGCUGCGCCUGAACCCCGUCCACGGCAAGGUGCCCGUCCUCGUCGUCGACGGCCGGCCGCUCGCGGAGUCGCUCGUCAUCAUCGAGUACGCCGACGAGGCGUGGCCCGAGGGCCGCGGGCACCCGCCGGCGCUGCUCCCGCGGGAGCCCCGCGCGCGCGCCGCGGCCAGGUUCUGGGCGCGCUUCUUCCACGACGAGGUGUCGCCGCUGUCGCGCGCGGUGGUGCUCGCGGACGACGCGGCGGAGCGGGCGGAGCUGGCGAGGGAGAUGAAGGCGCGGGUGGCCGUGAUGGAGGCCGGGAUAGCGGAGGACUUCCCCUGCGGCGGCGAGGAGGGCCCGUUCGUGCACGGGCGGAGCCCCGGGCUGCUCGACGUCAUCCUGGGCUCCUGCGCCGCGGGGACCCGGGUGCUGUCCGCCGUCUCCGGGGUCGAGAUCGUGGAGCCCGGCGCGACGCCGAGAGUGCACGCCAGCGUCGCCGCGUUCGACGAGCUCGCCGCCGGGUUCGGGACCACCGUGCCGCACGAGGUCCUCCUCGCGCGGCUCCUCGAGAGGAAGGCGAGGUCUCGCGCCGCGGCCGCGUGACGCGUCGCGUGCCAUGCUUGAUCUCUGCCCGUGCCAGUAGACUGUUCUUCUGCGGACCUCGGGGGCUUGAUUGGGGUGUGCCUGGUGUUGGAACAUCCGUGGGUUUGGCCCAUUUAUUCAAUAUUUUAAUAAAAAACUAAAGUCCCCUAAUAAUAAAUGCUAGGGUGUUAAUGGUGGUUAAUACCAUAUUGACUGUUGAGGUAAAUUCUAAUCAACUCUGGCCAAUUUUAAUGGGGUUAUAAU